AGCAACCCAUUCGUAAGAACAAACGUAAACAAAAGUUUUAUAAUAAAUUAAUCGUGAAAUUUUAGUGCAAAACCCAGCGCGAUGGAGGAAUUGGAGCAGUUGGAACAUCUUUCGUUAGUGUCGAAAAUUUGCACCGAAUUGGAAAACCAUUUAGGGUUGAACGACAAAGAUUUAGCCGAAUUCAUAAUCGACUUGGCGGAUAAGAAUCCUUCUUUGGACGCUUUUAAGAGGGCCCUAGCAGAGAAUGGAGCAGAAUUUGCGGAAUCUUUCACAACUAAUCUGCUGCGUAUUAUACAGCUGAUGAAACCUCCCAAAGGAAGGGUAGCGGGUGUGGGUGUUUCGGAUUUUGAGGUCGACGACACCAUGGGUAAUUUGGCACGAAAGUUUCCCGGAUUGGCUAUUCCAAACGCCAAAAAGGGUUUCGAAUCGGACGUGGAGGAUGAUGCCGAUGAUGAGGAAGAAUUUGAGGAUAAAAAAAAAUCCGAGGAUUCUGUGGUGGACGAUAUGUUUGCCGAGCUGGAAAGUAUGGCUCCGUCUAGUUCAACAAGUAAGCCCAAGUCGGUAGUAAAAAAGUCUCGGGAGCAGCAGGAGGUGGAAAACAUGUUUGCUGAGCUGGAGAGUUUAGCUCCAUCCACUUCUGGUAGUGGUGGUGGUGGUAAAAAAGAGGAGAGAGUGGAGAGAAAACGAGAUCGCAGGAGUCGAUCCCGGGAACAUAAACGAAGUCGGUCUCGAGAAAGGAAGCGGAGCAGAUCCAAGGAGAAACGAAGAUCUAGGUCUAGGGAUAGGGACCGUCGAAGGAGAUCCCGUUCUAGGCAUAGAUCUAGGUCCAGGGAUAGAGAUCGCAGGCGUAGGAGUAGAUCUAGGAGCAAGAACCGAGACAGCCGUCGUAGACGAAGCCGGAGUAGAUCCAGGGAACGUCAUCGGAGGCAGAGAAGUGGUUCUAGGGAUUUCGAAAGACGCAAGCGUACACCUCCACAUCAAAUGCCCGAAGAACCGGAACCAGGAAAAAUCUAUGAAGGUCGUGUCGUUAAUAUUGUAGCAUUCGGAUGUUUUGUUCAACUGUCCAACUUUCGUAAGAAGAAAGAAGGCUUGGUUCACAUUUCACAGCUUUCAGCUGAGGGACGAGUUAACAACGUAACAGAUGUCGUUAAUCGGGGCGAUGCCGUUAAAGUUAAAGUUAUUUCGAUAGCUGGCACUAAAAUUUCUUUGUCGAUGAAAGAUGUCGACCAGCAAUCGGGUCGUGACUUGAAUCCGUUAUCCCAUGCACAUUUGCAAGAAAAUAGCGAUUUAGCUAGCCGAAAUCCAGAUCGACCCAUGAAUGUUCCUUCUAUAUUGAAUCUAGGGGAAAACAAUGAGCAAAUGGAAGGAAGUUCUCGCAAAAAAGUAAUUUCAAGUCCUGAAAGAUGGGAAAUUAAGCAGAUGAUAUCUUCUGGAGUUAUCGAUCGAAGUGAAAUGCCCGACUUUGAUGAGGAAACUGGUCUUUUGCCGAAAGACGAAGAUAGUGAGGAAGACAUAGAAAUCGAAAUUGUCGAAGACGAACCUCCUUUCUUGAGAGGACACGGUCGAGCACUGCAUGAUUUAUCUCCUGUGAGAAUUAUGAAAAAUCCGGAUGGGUCCCUGGCGCAAGCUGCCAUGAUGCAGUCAGCUUUGGCUAAAGAAAGACGUGAGCAGAAAAUGCUUCAACGAGAACAAGAAAUGGACGCUGUACCGACUAAUAUGAACAAGAAUUGGAUUGAUCCUUUGCCAGAUGAGGAUAAUCGCGAGCUGGCGGCAAACGUCCGAGGAGUCGGAAUGUCCAUGCAAGACGUGCCCGAGUGGAAAAAAGCCAUUAUUGGUGGUAAAAAAUCUUCGUACGGUAAGAAAACCGACAUGACGUUGGUUGAACAGCGACAGUCUCUUCCGAUCUACAAACUUCGAGAUGAUUUGAUCAAAGCCGUAACCGAUAAUCAAAUUUUGAUUGUUAUCGGUGAAACCGGCUCGGGAAAGACCACCCAAAUAACACAAUAUUUGGCGGAAUGUGGAUUUAUAGCUCGUGGAAAAAUUGGAUGCACUCAGCCACGUCGUGUCGCUGCCAUGUCUGUGGCAAAACGUGUUGCUGAAGAAUACGGUUGUCGAUUGGGACAGGAAGUCGGCUAUACGAUUCGUUUCGAAGAUUGCACUAGCCAAGAAACUGUUAUCAAAUACAUGACAGACGGUAUGUUGCUUCGCGAAUGUUUGGUGGAUUAUGACCUUAAAUCGUAUUCAGUUAUUAUGUUGGAUGAAGCGCACGAACGUACCAUUCAUACAGACGUUCUUUUCGGUUUACUUAAACAGGCAGUUCAAAAACGACCGGAGCUUAAACUGAUUGUAACAUCUGCUACGUUAGAUGCUGUCAAAUUUUCACAAUAUUUCUUCGAAGCGCCUAUUUUCACUAUCCCAGGACGUACUUUCCCAGUAGAAAUUCUUUACACGAAAGAACCUGAGACAGAUUAUCUUGAUGCCUCUCUGAUCACAGUCAUGCAAAUUCAUCUCCGAGAGCCUCCAGGUGAUAUCCUGCUAUUCUUGACUGGUCAAGAGGAAAUCGACACAGCUUGUGAAAUUCUCUACGAACGAAUGAAAUCUCUCGGACCAGACGUUCCGGAACUGAUCAUUCUUCCGGUUUACUCGGCUCUACCUUCUGAAAUGCAGACUCGCAUUUUUGACCCAGCACCUCCAGGAAGCCGAAAAGUUGUCAUCGCUACAAACAUUGCCGAAACUUCGCUUACAAUCGACGGAAUUUACUAUGUGGUCGAUCCAGGAUUCGUUAAACAAAAAGUGUACAACUCCAAAACCGGAAUGGAUUCUCUGGUGGUCACACCAAUCUCCCAAGCUGCCGCCAAACAACGAGCUGGAAGAGCCGGUCGAACUGGUCCUGGCAAAGCCUAUCGACUGUACACCGAGCGAGCUUAUCGAGAUGAAAUGCUUCCCACGCCCGUUCCAGAAAUCCAACGUACCAAUCUUGCAACAACCGUACUCCAGCUCAAAACCAUGGGCAUAAACGAUCUGCUUCAUUUCGAUUUCAUGGACGCCCCACCAGUUGAAUCCCUCGUCAUGGCUCUCGAGCAACUUCACUCACUGUCUGCACUGGACAACGAAGGACUGUUAACCCGCUUAGGACGCCGAAUGGCUGAAUUUCCCUUAGAACCGAACCUUUCCAAAAUGCUCAUCAUGUCGGUAGCACUUAAUUGUUCCGACGAAAUUCUUACAAUCGUUUCUAUGCUUUCGGUUCAGAACGUUUUCUACCGCCCAAAAGACAAACAAGCACUCGCCGAUCAGAAAAAGGCCAAAUUCAAUCAAAUUGAGGGAGACCAUUUAACCCAACUAGCUGUCUAUAACAGUUGGAAGAACAAUAAAUUCUCCAACGCGUGGUGCUACGAAAAUUUUGUCCAAAUUCGAACUCUAAAACGUGCUCAGGACGUUCGGAAACAGCUGCUCGGUAUCAUGGACAGGCACAAGCUGGACGUCGUUUCGGCCGGUAAAAAUACCACCCGAGUACAGAAAACCAUCUGUUCCGGUUUCUUCCGAAACGCCGCCAAAAAGGAUCCCCAAGAAGGCUAUCGAACCCUGGUCGACUCACAGGUCGUUUACAUUCAUCCCUCCAGUGCGCUGUUCAAUCGGCAACCUGAAUGGGUUGUCUACCACGAGCUGGUGCAAACGACUAAGGAGUACAUGCGCGAGGUCACAACCAUCGAUCCGAAGUGGCUGGUCGAGUUUGCGCCAGCAUUCUUCCGCUUCUCCGAUCCGACCAAGCUAAGCAAGUUCAAGAAGAAUCAACGGCUGGAACCGCUGUACAACAAGUACGAGGAACCGAACGCGUGGCGUAUCAGUCGAACCCGUCGGAGGCGCAAUUAAAAAUGCAGUAUGCGGUAGGUUUACAGGAAAAAUGUCCCUUUCGUAUUUUGCAAUCUAUGGUUUGUCGCUCAACUAUAAAGUUAUUGUAUUCGA